CACAUGAAGGCAAGCCACCUUCUCUAUCAUCUUGGCUCCAAAGUCUUAACAGAAGGCACUUAUGAAGCCGAAGGUAAAAGCAGCUCUUACUGUAGCUCAAUCUUCGAAAGCAAUCGGUCAAAAUGUCAGUAUUUGAUUUUUUUUUUGCAAAUGUAA